AUGAGCCUAAAUGAUGAUAUUUCUAUCGACAGUUCAUCUACGGAUGCAAUUCGUAAACAACGCGAACAAAUCGUGCCUAAAAUCUACAUAUGCGCUACAAUGUGGCACGAAACAGAACAUGAAAUGACACAAUUACUAAAAUCUAUAUUCCGGUUCCUUAGUUGUCUGUUAGAAUUUAUUGAUAAAAUUCUUACUUCUUUCAUUUUAGCGCAUAUAUUUUUUGAUGAUGGCAUGGAAUAUAACGAGAAGAACGAAUGGAUGCCAAAUAUAUUCGUAAUCUUUUCUUUUUACUUUUCUUCUUUAUUAUUUUUUUUUUUUUGUUCUUUUUUGCCUUUUCUGUUUUUUUCUAUUUUCUUUUCUUUUUUUCUGUUCGUUUUUUCUUUUUUCUUUCCUUCUUUCUUUUAUUUUUUCAUUUCUUUUAAUUUUCUCUUUUUCUUUCCUUCUUUCUUUUUUCUUUUCUUUUAUCCUUUUUCUUCUCUUUUCUUUUUUCUUUUUCCUUUCCUUUUAUCUUUUCAUUUUCAUUAUUCAUUUCUUCUCAUUUUUUCUUUUUUCUUUCCCUUUUGUUUUCUUUUUCUUUACUUUUCAUUUAUUUUUUUUUACUUUUUCUUCUCAUUUUUUCUUUCCUUUUUCUUUUCUUCAUUUCAUUAG